AUGAAGAUCCCACCAUCAUUCCUUCUAUUAUCUAUUGCAAGUUUAACAUCGAUUAGGGAGAUCGCAGCCCAAUGUUAUGACUACACGGAUGCGUUGGAUCUAAACGCAAGGAUUCCAACAUCAUGUAAACUGGUCGAUAAGAUUGAAAUACCAACGCCUCCAACAAAAGCUCCAGCCGAAUCAAGUAAAUUUAUAAUCGAUUAUAAAUGCGAAAUUCAAACCAAUCAAGAUUUAUGUGCAAGAGCGCAACGAUCGAUACAAAAGGUCUGUGAAAUUUUAACGGAAAACCUGAGUUUAAGGAAGAACAUUAAUGUCGAUGUCUCAUUGAAAGAUUUAUGCCCUACCGAUGCUCAACAAUCAUGUAAUGAAUUAGGCGGCGCGGAAUUUGCCAGAACCAUGGAACUUUUGGAUGAUGAUGACAUUAUUCGAGAAUAUCCAACAGCGCUUGUAAAGCAAUUUGAUUGUGAUCAACAUUAUGAAUUUGGUGAUGUUGAUAUACGCGCUGUGUUUAAUGGAGGGAAUGCUACUUCGUUAUGGUUUGAGGGGGAUCCACAGAUCACAUCGGAUCAAAUAGAUUUUAGAAGGUUAGUUUUAAAGAAAUUUAUUAACGCGUUAGGAGUAAAAACUAGUUGGAUAGAACAACCGAUCUUUGAUAAAGUAAGCCCUACAAUUUUAACGCCACAACUAACCUUGUCACAAGAAAAUGGUGGUGACUUUGAGUUUAAAGGAUUUAAAGAAUACGCUUAUGAUAAAUAUAUAAUAUUUCGUGGUAAAGAACUUCAAUCAAUUCAUGAUGCUGCAAAAUCACUUGACGAAUUCGUUAAAGAACCGGAUGUUAAAUUUAAAGAUCAAGAAGAAUUUAUUGCACAAUUAGUUAAAUCACCACAAAUUGAAGCGGUUCAAAGGAUGGCAAAUGUCAGCGUUAAUCCAUUUACAUUAGGGUUUCUGCCAAGAGGGGCCAAAUCUGAUGAUGAUGUGAUCGUUUUAGAAACUUCAUUCAAUCCUUAUCAAAAUGAUGUUAGUAUGAAUAAUUUUGAUGCAAGCAUUUAUGCUGACACCGAGGAUUUCUUAAUGGUUUCAACUUUAACAAGCGGAAAGACGCUAGAAGAUUCCAUGGGGAAAUUUCUGAGUCCACUUGGUCCUAGAUUAAUUUCUUUAUUGGAAACUUUGGGAUAUCCUACUAAUAAUUUACCAGAAAAUGAUUUCAAAACUAAUACGGAAGUUAUUUUAACAAAGACUACGUAUGUUGUAACAGAGAUCAAAACCGUGUCUAAAAGUGUUGUUACCGUAAUCGAAAUUGUUACUGGUCCACCACCACAACAAACGCUACCACCAAUAAAUAAUAAUCCUUCCCAAGAAGAUGAUAAUAAUGAUGUUAUAGAUAAUUUCGGUCAAGAUAUUUUCAAUUCUUCUUCAUUUAAUAUUCAAAAUAAUCUUGCUUUAAUGUUUAUUGCUUUAGAGACUUCCGGAAAGCCUCCCAUUGAUUCCAUAAUAGUAGAUGCAACGUGUUGGGAACAUCCGAAUCCAAUCAAGCCAUUCGAGAAAAAAAUCUCUUCAAUAUGUGGUUUACAAAAAAAGACAAAAGACAAACUGAAGGCAGAAGUAGGCAAAGAAUCACAAAAAGAUGAAGUUCAUUCCUUGGCGGCAAAUGAAGCAUUUAAAUUCGAUUUCUCUUGCGGAGUUCCUGAUAAGGCUUUAUGUACCAAAGCGGAAAAUGCAUUCAAGGCGGCAGGGGAAAUAAUAGCGAACGUAAUCAACCUGGUUACCCCGGUAACGGUUAAUGCCACUUUCACCGAUUUUUGCAAAGCCCUUAAUGAAUGUGACGGUUCGAUCCUUGGAGCGGCGAGCGCGGCAAGGUCGAUCCCUUUGCUAGACGAUGAUAAAGUGGUUAGGCAAUAUCCGCAAGCGUUGGCAAAACAAUUUUUGUUGGAUCCAACACCUCAGUGGGGACCUUUUGACAUUCAAGCGUUCUUUAAUGCUCAAGCGGACUUAUUCUUUAAAGGGGACGGUGUGAUUAAAAAAAAUCAAUUCGAUUUCGAAUAUAUCAUUUUACAUGAGCUCAUUCAUGGUCUUGGUUUCGCUUCCGCAUGGAACAAUUACUUUUCCGAACAACCUGUUGCCUUAACCCCUGAUCCAAAUUUUCUUGAGAUGAUAACGGAAUUAAGUCAACCCGUAAAAUUCACGGGAUUUGAAGAAAACGCGUUUGAUAAAUAUAUGGUAAACACCAGAGUGAAAGGAACCCCAAAGAGGAUGACGGAAUUUACAAACGAAAUAAAUAGUUUUGCCGAGAUUGGAACCGAUUUCCCAUCCGUACAAGCUCUAUUAAACGCGUUCGGAGAUUCUAAACAAUUUCAAACUUCCAGUCAAUUAAUCCUUGAUGGUCAAACUCCAAAGACCAUGGCCUUUCAACCUCGUAACGCUAGCUCAAAUGAUUUGGUUUUCUUGGAGACGAAUCUCAAACCUUUUCGAAUUGGUUCAUCGAUUUCUCAUAUGGAUAUAAAAACUUUUGAUAGUGAUCCGGACUUUUUGGAGGUUUUUAACGCCAAACCGGGUCAAACCUUGGAUCAAGUUCUUAAGGCUACCGGUGGAAAAGCUCCUAUUGGUCCAAAAUUAAAAAGUGUUUUGGAGACCUUGGGAUACGCCACGAAUGAGAAUCCAAAUCCUUAUAGACCGACAUUACCAAGCGAAUCUCAGGUUACACCGAGUCCGAUUCCUAUUGGGAAGUCUACGAAUAAUCAAUCCUCCUCCGCCACAUCAUUGACGUCUAGCUUUAACGUUCUAUCUUUAUUUGUCAUCGUAGCCUUCACUUUAUCAUUUUAG